AGAAAAAGGUCCGUCGGGUCGGGCCGAUGAAUCGGAAAUUCUUCGCAUGGCUUUUCACACUUCUCAUUCUCAACAAUGAUGUAGUUCUAUCAGCAUAUCACUGGAAAAUUAGUGAAGAUGGAAAGAAAAUCCAGGCAGUUCCCGACACGAGGUACCAUCUAAAAUUACCGGGAUCGUUGACCGACUUCAUAACUCAAGUGGAAAAUGUAAAAGUCGUCGAUCGGCAGGCAAAUGAGCUGCAUGGAUCGAUGGGAAAAAUAAAAAACCACGAGAAUUUCGAUAAUCCAAAGUUUGAAGAAGACUUUAGGCGACAAGAAGAAGCAUGUGUAAAAUCGCGUGGAAUACGACUGCAAUCCGACAGUUUCCACACGUCUUUCACCGCGGAACUGUGUCCCGAGUUCCAUGAGUCAUAUCAACAAUAUACUGCAUUUGUCAAAGAAUACUUUGGAUCACCACCGGACAGUGAUAAACGACCGCCUAGAUGUAAUUAUUGGUUUGAAGCAGUCAAGAUGAAGGGUCAGAAUAAUGUGGACCUUGGAAAAAGCUUACAAGAUAAGUAUGACGCUGAUGACGACAUGUAUCUGAAAGUUCUUGACUUGUACUUCCCAGGAUUCGCCAAAUUCACGCGAGGAUCCGAAGGAAUGUCUCGCUUCGGAAAUAUGUUGUCAAGUAUGCUGAGUCACGCUGAUGAGAGAGUAUCUCGCAAUGCCUAUCUUCAUAUGGCAGCUGCUGCCUACUGGAGAGCUCAAGGAAAGAUUUCAGAUGCGUUCACGUGCUAUGCAACAGGGAUACAUUUUGUAAACGACGAAAAUCGAGCACCCCACAUCGGUGCAUUCCAUCCAUCACAUGCAGAACAUACUAUCAGAUUGUCUAUCGCAACUCUUCUGAAUAGAGCCGGAUACUCUGUAGAAGCUCAUAUUAUUCUUAAACAACUCACUUCUACUAACACUGUGGCAUGUUAUAGCGGAAUGAUGCAUGCAGCAACUGGAGAUGCUUCAGUUCUAACUGGUCCGGAAUCAGCUAUCGACUAUGAUACCGAACAAAUAUCAAUUCAAUUGAAAUUGACGAAUAAAGAGCGAAAAAGCAUGUUCAGCAACACUUUCUACAAUUAUGCAAAAGCAGCAAGUGAUUUCAAGGCUGCAAAAAAAGAACACAAUCAAAAGGAUGGAGAACUUUUCGAUCAAUCUUUUGAUUCUGUUGAAUCAAAAGCUUCUGUAAUUUCAUGUCAUUUGAGGCUGUAUUCAGCUCUUGAAAAACAGAAAAAGAACCUUGAAGAGCUAGUCGUUGAGAAAACAAAUUUUCAAGAAUCAUACAAUAAACGAGUUGAGAUGAACUCAAAUAUUUUAUCACUGAUGCCAUCAGCAGAAGCACGAGCUAAUAGUCUACUUUUCUAUGAUCAAAUCAAAUAUGGUGCACAUCCCCAUCGAAAAUGCCAGAGAGCGCAGAUUAAUAGAUUCCCUGCCACAAAUCAUAAACUGAACUGGGCAACCACGAUGAUUUGCUCGCUAUCCUGUACUCCUGAAAAAUACGAGGAAUCAAUGGCGCCGCUGCGAGAGAAAACUUUACGAAAUCGUCCGGCGAUCAAUGAAACUUCGUGGAAAGUUACAGAAGUGUAUCCUCCAAAUCGAGCAUUUGAGAAGACAUUGUUCGAUAUUUCAAGAAAUAGUCAGCAGGAUGGAUACUUCAGAAUGAUAGAACCCCGCUUCACUAAUAAAGAAAUCGAUGAAAGUGUGGAUCGAUUUUGGAGACGAGCAGAUUGGCCGAAUUCCGUGGAUUGUCAAGCUGUAGUGUCGUCAUCCAAUCCGUUCCGAAUCAAUACUUUCCCUCAAGUUUUUAUUUCACCAGAAAAUCGAGGAUGGCUUGUCUCCGAACUGUUGACAACUCACAUUGGACUUCAAUCAGCCGAUUCUCUUCCUCUUCCAUGGUUUGAACCAAGAUGUGAUUUUGUAAAAAUGGACGAUCUUCGAGUUUUUAGUGGAUUUGAAGCGAUUGAGCGACUCCUGAAUCCAAGAUUUGAUCGAAAAUCCGAAGGCUAUGCUGAAAAAACUUUGAAAACGACAUUUGUCCGUCUAGCAGAUCGUGUCAUCGAAGAACAUGAAAUGGCUGCAAGAAUUCAACUUUUGAUGAAACAUACCAUCGGUCCAAGAUGGGUUUCUCUGAACUUGGCAGGUCUCUACUGGAGGAUUCAAGGAAAUCCACAUCAGGCUACAAAAUGUCUUCUUGGUGCGUUCCUUGACAAACCUGAAGAAUCAUUUGUUUCGAUUGUUCAACUUGCUCAAGUUAUGCUCAAAUCAACUAGAAUGGUCAAUGACGCACACGGGUUUCUGAAUCAACAGCUCAAUCUUCUUGGCUACAGUGAACCACUUUUCCAUUAUGUACAAGGACGUAUGAAGCUUCUGCUUCACGAUGUGGACAAAGCGAUUCAGCAUCUUAAAGAUGCAAUGGAUAAAGAUCCGAAUAAUCUGGUAAUCCAAGAAGAUCUUCUCAAAAUUGCAUGCAGUGGAAAGUCUACAAAAUCUGCCAUAUCAUCACAGUUCCCUACAGUAUGCUGCUCGCCAGUUGUUCAGAAUGCAGUUUGCAUCAGGCCACGAAAAGAUUCCGAAGAACAGUGCUACAUCGUUGAGUCAUCGAACAUUCCGGAUGCAUCACCACAACUAGUCUAUCAUCGAUGCAACGGAUUCUAUGAUGGUUUCAGUAAGAAAACGGCAGAUUAUGCGAGCAUCGUCUCACCAUUUUUACUCGUUUUCAACACUAUUACUCCACGGAAUGAUGUCACCAAUUGGGUUAAUCAAGUAGAUGGAAUUCAAACAGUUGAAAGUACUGAAAUGCCUCUUGAUUAUGGUGGAUGGAACUCAUUUUUCACGGAUAGACCUGCAGAAUGGUGGGACAGUGCCACAAAUGAGAUGAAGUAUAUACUUCCGACGAAAAAAGAAAAAGAAGUUGAUUCAUGGGAAGAAUCGUGGGAGUCAGAUCUAGCUGAAAUUCCGGGAAAACCUCUUUCCUACCUGUGGAUUCGAGAAAAGUCAAUGAUGAUUCAGUACGACGCCAAAUUACCAUCUGAGCUGCCAAAACCAUCAAUUCAUCAAAUUCGACGUGGAGUUUCACUUUUCCCUCCACCACGUGUGGCAACUAUGUCUUGUAACGGAGUGGCCAAACCCGAAGCAAUGUUCGAAAAUGCUCCAUCCACUUGGGUAUCGUUAACCGCCAAAGGAGAAGAUAUUGAAAAAUAUGUUGAUUUACGUGGACCAAUGCCUGCAAUGGCUUCUCUUCAACCAAUCUGCCCUAAUAUGGAUAAAUACAAAAACUCACCCCUUCUUGGACUUGGUCAUAUUCCUGCUUUUGCUCUUAGCGACCAGUUCUUGUUCUACCAACCGGAGAAGGCUCUUGCUGAAGCUCUGAAAUCACUUGGCAAUGAAAGAGAUACUAUCGAACAUGUAGCUGCUCGACUUCACGCUGCCAUGCUUCACAGUAAUGCUAAGGAUGGUCAUGUCAGUUGGGUACUCUGUGUACUUUCUUCCCUCUACUGGAGAGUCACUGGAAAUGCUGAAAAUGCAAUUGGAUGCCUCCGAUGUGCUCUUCAUACUGCUCCACCACACAUGAGAGACGUUGCUUUGGUGUCCCUGGCCAACAUCUGCCACCAAGCUGGUCUCUUCAACUCUGCUCUGAUCUCUGCCGGUGCUGCUCUCAGUGCUUCUCCUCGUCUAGUCGCCAUCCAUUUCACACUUGGCAACAUCUAUGCGUCAAUUGGAGAUUAUCAGAGAGCUCUAAACUUCUACUACUCUACAUUAUCACUUCAAGCAAACUUCCAGCCAGCGAAAGAUAAAAUCCGCACGAUAUAUUGCCAUGCUGGGAAAGAAUUCGAGUUUUAAUUGUUGAAUUUAAUUUGGUUAAUUAUUCCCUUUUCAAUUCGUUAAUAGUUAUAAUUUUGCCUCAUUUCGUGCCCACCAAGUUUGCUUGUUCACUUUCCACAUUCUGUCUUGUUUUCAUCAAAACGGGUAAAUUAUAAAUUUCCUCAUUUUUUUCAAAAAAGUUUAUAUAAAUACAUAUUAUGAUG